GUUGAAAAAGAAGUCCACUCCGCCGCCGUCCUCCACUCAACCCUCAUCUCCAUUCCCAGUUCCCACCCUGCUGACUUAUCUCUUGGCCGCGCCACUUGUAGUGGCGGCUACAUUGGCUGGCGAGCGAGCAGGAGAGCAGCGCGAGCGCUAGCGGAGGUCAUCGUCCGGAGGGCGGAGGUACGAAAUGGCCUCCUUUUUCUUGUCACGGUUUCAGGCAGUUCCUCCUGCAACUCAGAGCUCUGUGGAAGAUAAGCUCCGAUCCAUCACUUAUUGAUGAUCCACAGUUACUACAAACUUGGGAAGAGCCCCUCAGUUUCUACAAGUUCCCUGACGAUGAGGUCGUUCCUAUCAUCCGUGGAUCUGGCUUGUCAUCCACGGAUGGCCGUGGUUAUCCUCCCCCUCCUCUUCCUGCCCCUCGUGCCUCUCGCCGCUGCCCAAGCUUGGCCAUUUUGUGGCGACAGCGGUGUCUACGAACCAGAUAGCACCUACCAAGCCAACCUCAGGCACCUCUCAUCCACCCUCCCGAAGAAGGCAGCAUCCAGUACCACCCUCUUCGCCACCGACACCCAUGGCAAUGUUCCGAAUGUCAUCUUCGCCCUCGCACUCUGCCGCGGGGACUCCAACGCCUCUUCCUGUGAGGGCUGUUUGGUUACCGCCUUCCAGGACGGGCAGGAGCACUGCCCCAACAGCAAGGACACCACCGUGUACUACUAUAGUAAUCCCUGCAUGCUCAGGUUCUCCAACAAGAAUUUUCUUGCCACCACCCACAAUGACAAAAUACUCGUUGCGAGCAUGGAAAUGCCGCUCAACAUCUGGACAAGAGGUGACUCCUUCAGGCGCUUGUUGUUCACGCUUAUGGACAACACAGCUCAAUUGGCUACGAACAGCUCGAGGAGGUUCGCCACCUCGCGCUUAGACGUCACCUUCUUCCCGACGGUCUACUGCCUUAUGCAGUGCACGCCAGACCUGACCGCCGACGACUGCACCGCAUGUUUGCAGCCUUACUUCCAGUAUACAGUCAAAUACAUGUAUGGUAAGGAAGGUGGUAGAGUACUGGGGACACGGUGUACCAUGAGGUACGAGAUAUUCCCAUUCUUCCAAGGGAAGCCCAUGCUGCGUAUUAUCAACUUGCUAUCUGAAGUUCCGCCGAUCAACAACACCAUGCCCCGGGUUACCGUGAACCCACCCCCACGGCCACAGUCACAGUCACAGUCGCCGGUUGCGGCACCACCACCUCCAGAGGCGCAAGCGAGCACCCAAGAACUUCAUGGACGCAACUCACACCGGAAGGCACUGUGGAUUAUUGCUAUUGCAGCUCCAUUACUGUCAAUAUGUAUGUGCUUUAUCUGUUGCAUUGUAUGGAUGACAAGACGAAGAAAAGGAACUGAUAUCUUACACGAUCAAGCUGCCACGACCACGAAUAGGCUGGAAGAAGAUGCAUUGGUUUCGAGAUUGGAAGACAAGAGUUCAGAGUUCACUCUCUUUGAAUUUUCUAAGAUAUUGCAUGCUACACACAACUUCUCCAAAGAAAACCUACUUGGGCAAGGUGGUUUUGGUCCUGUCUACAAGGGCCAAUUACCAGAUGGAGUGGAAAUUGCAGUUAAAAGGCUUGCCUCACAUUCAGGACAGGGUUUCACAGAAUUCAAAAAUGAAGUUGAACUUAUUGCGAAACUACAGCACAAUAAUCUGGUCAAGCUCAUAGGAUGCUGCAUUGAGGGAGAGGAAAGACUUUUGGUGUACGAAUAUUUGCCAAAUAAGAGCCUGGACUUCUUUAUCUUUGAUGUUAGCCGAACAACUUUGGUUGAUUGGAAUAAAAGAUGUAUGAUAAUCGAAGGGAUAGCCCAAGGUCUACUGUAUCUCCACAAGCACUCUCGGUUGCGCAUCAUACACAGGGACCUUAAGGCCAGCAACAUUCUCUUGGACCAGGGGAUGAAUCCCAAAAUUUCUGAUUUUGGGUUAGCAAAAAUUUUCAGCUCCAAUGAUAUUCAAGGAAGCACAAAGAGGGUGGUGGGAACAUAUGGUUAUAUGGCUCCAGAGUAUGCAUCUGAAGGCAUUUACUCGAUGAAAUCUGAUGUGUUCAGCUUUGGUGUGUUACUUCUCGAGAUUCUUAGCGGACAAAGGAAUUCUGGUUUCCAUCAGCACGAAGACUUUCUUAACCUCCUUGGAUAUUCAUGGCAGCUCUGGGAAGGAGGAAGAUGUCUUGAGAUUCUAGAAGCAUCAAUUGCUAAGGAGAUCCAUGCAGCGGAGGCUAGGAGGUACAUUAACAUUGCACUAAUGUGCGUACAAGAGCACGCAGAUGAUCGACCAACAAUGUCAAAUGUUAUUGCGAUGUUAAAUAGCGAGAGUGUUAUUCUUCCAGAUCCUAAACAUCCAGCAUACUUCAGCCUAAGGGUAUCUAAGGUAGAUGAAUCGGAUAAUAAUGACGUAACCGUCUGCAGUAAUAACGACUUAACCAUCACUGAGGAGCCAGAUGGCAGAUAGUUGAUCACCUUGGUUCAAUUGUUAAUGGAAGUGCUAGCAAUCAGACAGCAGGCAGGCAUACCAGGUCAAGUGAACUAGGGCAGACCAAGUAAGCCUAUCAUAUUUUUGUUAUGAAGGAUGGCGACCGGCGUAUCUCUGUAGCGGUUGUUCUGUCCUGCGGUGAAUGAAGCUUUUCACUGUAUGCAUAGGCCGUAUUGAUAUGCUGGUGUAUAUAGCUUUUGUGCACCGCACCAUCGUUUUCCACUGGUGGCUGCUGCGGUAGACUUUAAAGGAAGACUUGAAACCCAAAGGAUUUCAAUCUGAUAAUAGAUGUAUUUUUCCA